UUGCCACCUACUCUUGUAGAUAAAGUCUUCUGGUCAGAGAUGCGGCCAGAGGAAGAGGGAAGAUAUGUCAUCUGUUGUUGGAGUGGGGGACUAGAAUCCAUUACCCCAGAUGGUUUCAGCAGUCGAACACUUGUCCAUGAAUAUGGAGGGGGUGCUUUCUUUGUUCACAAGUACCGGAUCUAUUUUUCUAAUUAUGAAGAUCAAAGGAUGUACUGCCAGAAAAUAAAGAAAUCUGGGACUGAACCAGUUCCUAUCACUCCAAAGCAUAAAGCCUGGAGAUAUGCUGAUGGUGCCAUGUACAAAAAAAACAUCAUUGUUUGUGUACGUGAAGAUCAUGACGUGCUUUCUGAAGGAGCAGAAGAGGCACAAAACACAGUUGUAUCUAUCAACCGGAAGAAAAAAGAGCAGGUUGUGUUGGUGAGUUACUAUGGUAGUCAUAACCUGUUUGCUAUUUUGUGUAAGUCUGCUAUGGUGAGAAUUUAAAUGUUAAUCACUUCUGAGAAUUCAAGGGUGAAGGAUAGGUACGAUCACCAGUUCAAGUUUUUUAUUGAAUUUUUUGAGGAAAUACUUGGAAAAUGUAUAACUCAAGAAGCGUCAUUGUAUUAUUUAGGUAUAAUAAAAUUUGCACAGUUAUUGUUACUGGACAAUUAACUGAGCCCUUUCUAAAAUGAAAAAUGUAUAUUACUGCUAACUUGCUAGCACUACAGUACAACAGUUUGGCAAAAAACUUUAUUUUUAUGAAGGGUAGCUUGUGAUUUUUCCCUCUGAAAAUGUAUACAGGUCUGGGUAAGCCCACAGAUUUACUCAGUCAAUUGGAAACCCUUGGACUCAUACUUUUACUUGUCUUAGAAUCCAUAGGUCUCUAAUAUUCAUUUGACAAAUAUCUACUUUGCAAAGUCAGGUUUGACAAGCAUGUGUUUAGUGAUUUUAAUGGAUGUUUUUUAUGUGUUUUUAUCCCCAGGUUUCAGGAGCAAAUUUUUAUUCAACUCCAAGAGUAUCCAAGAAUGGCACAAUGGCUUGGGUACAGUGGAAUCACCCAAAUAUGGUAAGAUUAAUUAGAGAAGAAAUGCACAAGACUUUCAGUGCAUCCAGUGUUACACAUUGACCCAGUAAUUUGGUCUGAGCCAUUAUUGGGAAGACAAAAUUUAUGACCUCAUUCUGUCAGGCCAGUGGAGACCAACAGGUUUUCAAGAACCACAGAGAAUAGGGAGCAAGAGUGUUAGGAUUGACAGGAGAGUAAAAAGCACUGAAGAGGAAGAGAGGGUGGUUCGCUUGAGGGAAAUACAAAAAUGUCAAAAUCUGUCAUUUGAUAAUCUUCAGUAUUUUCUAAACAAGGGAGUUAGGAAUAACAAAUUUAGGAAGUAGGAGAUUGGGAAAGAUUUUCUGAACUAAGUGAGAUUUUUUUUUAUUUAAAGCCAUGGGAUGACACUGAGCUUUGGCUGGCAGAAAUAUCAUCGGAUGGAGAUUCACUAAAGGAAGACAGCAAACGAAAGGUAGGCACACUGUUGAAAAUCUCAAAGUUGUUACUCAAAUCCUAGGGCCACUUAUUUACACAAGGUCUGACCCAACCAUGGUUUUACCCAAUCAGUGGGCCUAAGGCCUUCUCCACAUGACCGUUGAUUUAGUUAAAUAAAUGUCCCUACACUGUUAGGUUUGGGCCCUCUUGACGCUGUUCAAAAAAAUAUUAAUGGCUUCGAUGAAAGGGUCAACUAAAUGGGGGAUUGUUUAGGAUGCAGUUUUGAAAUCUAGAGAUGAAACACAAUGAUGUAAUUGAAGGUCUUCAACUUGUUAGCUUCUUUUUUUCUCUUUUUAUAAUACUGAUUGUCCUUAUCUCUUUGUUGUCUGUAUAUUUAGGUAGCAGGGGGAGUUGGUAUCAGCGUCAUGCUUCCCAAGUGGUCCCCAGAUGACAAGCUCCUUUACAUCAACGACAAAACGAACUGGUGGAAUCUUUAUCAGUUAGAUGAUGAUGACAAGGCAACCAGUUUGUGUCCAAGGAAGGAAGAGAUUGGUCAGCCAGCGUGGGAGUUUGGAGGGAGUCCGUAUUCCUGCAAUCCCACUGGCAAUGGUGAUAUUCUCAUGAUUCAUGGCUCGGUAUGACUCUUUUAAUCACAGAUAACAAUUAUUUUUUUCAAAUGGCUGCUCCUUCAAAAUGACUAACAAAUUGUCUGAAGAGGCAAAGUUGUUUGAUAUACCAAGUUGAAUCCUUUAGGUGUUUGGAGAUAUGUUGAUUGGUUUCCCAUUUGGCUGUUGACUGCAUUUGGCUACUCUUCAUUUACUUUUGCUCUCAUGAAAAGCUAACAAUCAAAACAUAAGGGAUAGAAACUCUAUGGUGGCCAAUUUCUGUUAUCAACUCAAGUGAUAAAACCAAAUCAUCUCCUUACAUGAGUCAAGUAAACUAAGGCCUGCUCAGCACUGCGCCCAAGCCAUUGUGCCAUUCUUAGAUACUCUUGGAGUUCAAUAAAAAUUUGCUCCUGAAACUUGCAAAUAAAAACAAUUAAAAAAAUAUCAAUCAUAAUCACAAAACACAUGCUUGUCAACCUGACUUUGCAAAGUAGAUAAUUGUCAAAUGAAUAUUAGAGACCUAUGGAUUCUAAGACAAGUAUAAGUACCAAAUUCUCAGAACUAUCAUCAUCAGAAUUGUAUGGCAGACAGUAAGGAGAAUUGAUAAUGAGAUCUUGGGCAAUAAAGGUUUAAAUGAAAGUGCAAAAAGUCAGGCGCUCUACAUAGAAUACUUUUUUUUGCCUUUUCCAAAGACUCCUGAUAGAAUUCAAAAUAGAGACAAUCAAAAAGUAGUAACAAUGUCUUGCAUGAAAGUAUUAAUAAUGAAAUAUCUGAAACAACAACUCAAAGCUGUUCUUCUGGAAAUGAUUAUUCAUAUUUUGCCUUACAUUGUUUUAUAUGUGUGUGUGCAGGAGCUGGCAUGCCUCAAACCCUCUGGUGAAAAGCAGGAUAUUAAAAUUAAAGAGGAUGAUUACAAAGCUUUUGCCAAGCUGGAAUACUCUCCAGAUGGAAAGUACGCAUACAUGGUGGCAGGUGGACCACAGACGUUUGCAAAGCUUAUAAAAUUGGACCUGAAGUCUGGAAAAUCAUCAGUUAUCCGUGAAUCUCACGGUGCUCUGGAUAUUGAUGGGUACAUUAGUGUUCCUCAAGAAGUGAGCUGGGAUACACGUGAUGGUGCAAAGGCCUAUGGAUAUUACUACCCCCCUCAGGUAGGUCUGUGCUUCUAAGGGGUACCUGGAAUGUUUAGGGUGAUGUUAUGUACAGAUCAAGUUUGUCGUUAGGUUUUCAGAUCUUUACUUUCAUGAUCUUUGUUAGGUUCUUAGCUGUUUUUCCUUUGACAAUUUCCAAUAUGACUUAGUUACAAGUUGAGGGUUUGAAACAAUGAAUGAUUUUUCUUACUGUCUUUAUUGCAAAGUGCUAAUCCUGAUCAUCUUACAAAAAACAACAUCCCAUGCCUCACACCUAAGUAUGCAAAGAACAUAACACCACUCUGCUGAAGCAAACCAAUUCAAGCACCUUUCUUUUAGAUUGACCCUUUACACCUUAACUUUUAUCAGUAUUCAUAAUUAUUCUCCAUACUGGUCUCUAAACAUUUCCUAAGGUGCUGACAAGGCGAUUUUUUUUACAAAUAAUUUAGAGCUUCUUUAGUUGGUUAUCAUUGCCUUUAUUCUCUCCACCUUAAUGUUUGAUUCAGGGGUGAUGUUGUUUGGAGAAUUUAAAUGCCAGUCACUCUUAAGGAUCAAAGGGUUAAAUAUGGUAAACUCAUCAGUUGCAUUCCUUACAUGAGAGGCAUGGCCUCAUUUGCAGCAAGUUAAGCCAGUAGUGCAAAUGCUACUGAACACUUCCUAACAAACAAUAGGAUGAUCACUAUGUACAGAUCAGGUAUUUUUCAUGCAUUGUGUUAUAAAACUUUUCAGAACAAGGAUUAUCAAGGGCCAGAUGAUGAGACACCUCCACUGCUUGUCAAGGUUCAUGGGGGACCCACCAGUGCUUGUUCACCAGUGCUUGAUCUCAACAAACAAUUUGUUACAUCCCGAGGCUUUGCAGUGUUGGAUGUCAACUACCGUGGCAGUACAGGAUUUGGCAGAAAAUUCAGGGAUGCUCUUAAGACAAAGUGAGUGCACAAACCAGAGUUAUCAUUAACCCUUGUAUUCUGAAGAUCUCAUUAGUAAUUCUCCCAAUUGUCUGCCAUAAAUUACUUAUGAUUUCAAUUUGGAGAAGUUAUAAUUAGAUCAACUUGAGUUUCUUCUUUAUUUUCCUCACUUGUCUACUUGAUUCUGUGUUGAUAUUGUAAGGAGAAAUUCUGUCCUGGUCUCUCAUGGGGGUUUAAGGGUUAAAAGCUGGUACUGCUGGCCAAAAGAGGCUUGGUUUCAUUCAUCUCAUUUUCCUAUAAGUAGUGAUGAAAAAUCAUAUAAUUAUUGAAAUACCUUUGAAACGAUUUGUACAGCAGUCAGUUCUCCAUUUUGAGAUGAAUUGAAUGCAUGAUAGACAGGGUUAGAUGUUUGAUUCCAUCCCGUCUUGAAUUGGCUUAAAAGAUUGUAUGAACUUUGCCGAACAUGUGGGAUGAUCUUUGGCAAAAUUUUUCAAUGAUGCUUGGAAAAUUAAUGGCAGCAGGAAUGACCCAGCACACUAGGUGGGUGUGCAAUAAUAGAGCUCAGGAAAAUGUUAAUUGGGGAUUUAUCAUGUCAUGAUAUAAUCCCCAAUUAACAUUUUCCUAAUCAACAAAUUAAACAUUUUUCUUAAAAUUAUGGGUUAAUCUGCUAGACACUGACUCACCAAUACUAUUAUAUCUUUUUGUUAACCCUAAGUGCGCACAAUCAAAGAACAGUCCAAGUUAACCUUUAUGUGAAUAACCAAGUGAAAAACAUCAGUUGGAAAUCUGUCAUACUUCCUAAGUUAAGCAGAACAGCACCAAAGGCUUAUGACUUCUUCAGAUUUUGUGGAUCCACACCAAUUACAGAUUGAGUUGUGUGUCAGUUCAGAUUGCUAAAUUCCCUGGUUACAAAACAGUCAAGUUUAAAACUGCUUUCAAGAACAACAGAUGUAUAUUGGUAAACACUAAUGCAUAAUCCUGAAGUAAAUUAACACUUUUGAAGUAAGAAAUUCACUUUUUUCAAAUAUAAGUCACAAAAAUACAUUUUGGUAUUCAGAAACAAUUUUAAAAGUAAUUCAUAUGGAUUCCAUCACAGCUGGGGACUGAUAGAUGUUCAAGACUGCUGUGAUGGUGCACUGUAUCUGGCUAAAGAAGGCAAAGUUGAUGGCAAAAGGCUUACAAUUGAUGGUGGCUCAGCAGGGGGCUUUGUUGCAUUAUCUGCCUUAACAUUUCAUAAAGAUUUCAGUGCAGGAACAAGCAAUUAUGGAGUAUCUGACAUCUCAGCCCUUGCAGAAAAUACGCACAAGUUUGAAAGUCACUACACUGAAACACUUGUUGGCCCAUAUCCUGAAGAUAAGGCAACAUAUGAGGAGAGGUCACCAGUAUAUCAUGCUAGUGAGUGCAAGGCUGCUCUGGCAAUGUUUCAAGGCUCUGAGGACAAGGUGAGCUUUUUAUGAGUAUUUCUUCACAAUCAGACUUUCUUGAGCUGGUGACAACUGUGAACUAGCUACUAGCAAUUUCCUACAUUACGUAAAAAAACUGCCAGCUGGUGCCCUUUCAGGAAAAAGGCUGUGAUCACUAGAAAUUAGAUAUAAGGCACCUGAUUUACUAGGAAAGGACAAAAAAAUUCUCUUGUACCAGUUUAGGGUCACUUAAAUGAAAUCAUUGUAAGUGGAAGUAAUUUCAGUGUUAAAAAGUUUUUCAUAAACUCUGAUAGAUUAUGAAAAUAUUUUUCCAGUAAAAUAAAGAUUUAACCAAUCCUAAAAGUAGAGCUCCAAUCAGUUCAGAUUCUACUAACCUUCAUUAUGUGAGUUUAUCAGUAAAUAGAGGAAUUAAGUAAGAAGAUUGGAUACUAAUCCACUGUAAGGUCACUCUUAGCAUUUCAUCAGGCUUCCCUGACAGUUUGCCAGCACUCAUUUACACUCCUGUGUGAAAAGAGGCAUUGUGAGAGUAAAAUGAUUGUCCAAGAACACAACACACAAGUGGCAAUGUUGAAAGUCAAGUGGGGCUCACACUAAAACCUUCAAAUCUGCAGUCCAUAGUGCUAGCUGUCACUCUGACUAGCAGGUGUUAUCCUAAAAUUUCUAUGAGAUUGUGAGAUAUGAGAAAGGUUUAGUUCUUUCAUUUGUUUAUUGUUCUUUAGAUCGUCCCACCUGAACAGUCAGAAAAGAUGUAUGAUGCAGUCAAGCAUAAUGGAGUCCCUGUGGCAUACAAAGUUUUUGAAGGUAGUGUGUUUAUUAUGUCACUGUUGACUGAAAAGUGUUUACAGAGUUAACCAUGCAUGCACUGAGUUUGAGUGAGCUAUUUGGUGCUGUGCCUGUUCUUUUAAAAAGAGAAACAGAUUCAGCUUGCUGCUCCUGAAAUAAAUUUGUUUAAGAGUGCUCAUAGGGAGUUUGAAAAAUUGUAGAACAAGACACAAGAUUAUGCCCUUUAUAGCACAGAAACUACCAAGAUUAAACUCUCUGAAAUGAAACUCUCAUUUCAAUUCUCACUUUUCUAACCAUAACAGUGGAAAGAAGUUUACUUGCCUAGAUUAAUUGUUGAUGGAAGAGAUUAAUAAUUAACACUAACUGACUCAUGCAAGUUAGAUGAGUAUGACAUUCCCCUCCCCCCCCUCCCCCUCCUGCCAUGAGUGGACUGAAUGAGACAAAUUCCUCUGCACUGAGGGGAAGAAAAAACAAUUUUCCGACCUUAUUGUUCAUUCAACCUUAAUCAUUGAUGAAAUCUUUUAUUCUUUUUUCAAGGUGAACAACAUGGUUUUCGCAAAGCAGAAAACAUUAAAUUCUCUAUUGACGGAGAAUUCUACUUCUACUCCAAAGUUUUCAAUUUUGAUGCACCUGGCAUUCAAGUGGAUGUGAGUAGCUUUAACAUUUUACAUCACAUGAAUGAUUAUUUAUGGUGA